UGAACGAAUUAGAAGUGUAAAAGUUGUAAAAGUACAGGUAUAAAAAUUUGUAUUAAGCAUUGAUUAUAAGCGUAUCUAUGCGUAAAUAAAAAGACGACUAUAGAUCGAUAAAAUCACAGAUACCAAGAGGACGAGGCCAGUAUUUUUAGUACUACGCCUACAAGCUGCUGUAGAAGAAGAGGCGAAGAUGAAGGUGAAGAUGAAGAUGGGACGAGGAAAAGAUGCGGGCCUUGCGUUCACAAUGACUGCAAUGAUUGGCGCCAGUGUGAGGAUAACAUUGAAGCAAGACCAUCAGGUUUGUUUGGGGACUUUACGGAGACAAUCGCUGCACGUUGAUAGCGUUAUUGAGAUUUCUUAACGACGAGCAUGAUCGAAUUGUUGAAGAACAAGUACAAACAAUAAGAAAUUUUCAAUGUUGCUUAGGGUUACAUUUGAUUUGAAACGGCAUAGUACAGCCAUUCUAUGGUAAGUAUUUUUUUACUUCUUUAUCUCUACUUCAUUGCCCCUGAAAGCCUGGGAUCCAGUGGGAAAGUGCCUCGUUGUGGACAAUGCUAAGGAGCAUUUGCUAGUCGAUGCUGCAGACAUCUACUGCCUAGAAACCGUGAAUCCAGUACGGCUUGGUCGUGCAGCUGACAGAAGGAAAUCUUCAGGUACUUGUACUUCAAUCUACUACUUUAGUCGGAUGUUUUUUUCGACUUUUUCUGAAGGACGGUCGUUCUUCUUGGUAGUACGACGGAAGCGUACAACUAGUAGUAAUCGAAAACUCAAAAUAAGCGAGUUACUGACUGAAAUAAGGGAGGUAGCUCUGACAGGGCUACUCUUCCUUCUCGUCAGCAUCUCCGUUAUUCUAAGUAGUUACUCGCUUAUUUCAGUUUUUCGAAUACAAAAUAAAAAAGAGCACACAAAAUUUCGUCUUCUAAAUUCGAUCAACGAGACUGAUGAAACGGUAGCCUUUCAGAACUAGCAUCGUCACGUUGUAGGCAUCGAAUCUCGUUUUCUAGUGAAGUCGAUGUCGAAAAUAGAGACGAGUAAAAGUUCGUGAGAGCAGCACGACCGAAUGCUUCCUUCGUGCUAUCGAUGAGACCUUUAGGUCGUGAAGAAGCAGUGAGUGUGAGAAAAUUAAACUCGCGCUGGACGACGACGUAGUGGUAGUUGUGUUAACAUCGAAACUACAUAAUCAUCUCUAUCUGAGUCUGCUCAUUUUCCAUCUUCAGAGGACAUCACUACCUCGUGCUACUUAGGUCGUGAAUAAAUGAAUGAAUGAGUCGUGAAGUCAAAUUCUAGUUGAUCCACUUCCUUUCCAUCAUCUUCACCUUCUUCUUCAUCCCAAAAACGUAGCUGCUUUCUUGAAUUUAUAUCUUCCUUGUUCUUGACGAGACUUUCGUGGGCCGUAGUAGCGCACCUUCACCAAGGUUCAACAUCUGCGACCCUUUUAUCAAUUCAAAUUCAUCACUCAUCAGACAGUUGACUAGGAUCGACAUCAUCAGACAGGCAUCUCUAUCACAUGCAAAUGCAUCAACAAUAGGUUUAAGAAUUUACUUGAUAAGAUCAACUACAUCUAGUUCUAACGACCUGAUAAGACCAAAAGCAUAGACUAAGAUUGACAUUUUUUUGAGCUACUCUUAGGCACCAGGAGCAGCUGCAUCAUCUAGCAUGAUUACAAGAACUAUCACAGUUAUACGGUUAGUUACAUCAUUGAUAGAAUUUAGUGAUGAUUUAUUUUUAGCGGUACUUCAAAGUCGAGCAUGCUAUUAUUAACAUCAUCAUUGAUGCAUCUACUCUACAUACUACUCUACAGACUGAUGGAUCAUAAGGCGUAUUAAGCCUGUACCACUUAUCAAAAUUCUCUACUAUCGGCAUGGAAUAAAGGACGACAAGACUGCUCUGUGGUUUCCGUCUGGUGCAGUUAAAAAUACCAAUAGCAGCGUGCGACUACCGCUACCUCUUUGAAGGAAAGCACAUGGACAUGCUAUUGCUAAUUUUUUGGAAUUAAUAAUCAAUCAAUCGAUCGUAGUCACAGUCUCGUAGUUCCUACAGUGUCAGACAAGUUAUUUAACUAGUAGUACAAGUAACAAGUAAUACACAAGAAAAAAAGUAAUACACAAGUAAGAAAGAAUACCAAGCACUACCACUAGGUCUAGGAGGAGGUUCCUAGAAGAACUACAGGUUAUAAGCAGGUAAGAAUACUAUUCUUGUUCCUAGUAGAAAUCUGGUCUGUCUUUUUUCUAGUUAGGUCAGUUCCACCACAAAUAUUAUACAAUGUUGAAGGUAGUACUAGUUCCUAGAACAACUUAAUCUUUAAUAAUGUUGAUGUGGAGCAAGUAAACGAAUCAUGGAGCAAAACCGUGGCACUGGAGGGCGAUCCACCAAAGAAUCCGGUAAGAAGGUUCAUUCAGAAUCUUACUCAUAAGAGGAAGAUCCACCAAUAAGGACAUCAACCUCCUGAUCCUCAUUCCAACUAAGUACAUAGUCUCAAGAAGAAGAAUACCGAUUUCCGAGAGUUCUGUACCAUUUUUUCGCCAAGCUGUCGCGCCUAGCGUCCAGGCUGAAGCGGGACCCCCUAAAAUAAAUUGAAACUGAAACUCCAACUACAUUGCGACUAGUGUGGAAGAACAAAAUAUGAAUGAUCAUUUCUCAUCCUCCACAUCAGGCAGCACUUCCACGACGAGCAAAGAACAAUAUGAAUGAUUUCUCAUCCUCCACAUCAGGCACUUCCACGACCAUGGCGGGCGAAGAUUAUCACGAUGGAGGCGAAUGGAGGUCUACCACAGAGACGACAGGAGGUCAGUCAGGAGCAACUACAUUCAACAGUAGAGAUGACAAGAAACCUCCGUCAAACAACAACAGAAAUAAUCAUAAGCGAAACAAGCAGGAAAAGCGAGAUCUUCAGCAACUUAAUGUGAACGACCAGAAGAGCCCAAACAUUCAGGGUGGAGGUGCCUGGCGGGAUGACAACCAGAACAACCAGAGACAACAUUAUGAUGAACAAGAAGAUGAAUUUCACUGUGAGCAAAAGUGAAUAGUAGUACUAGGUCUAGGAUGAGACGACGGACCGUGUCUUGUCCUAGUUCACAUCUCGAGGAUCUCGUUUCACUGAAAAAUAAGUUUAAUAAGGUCUACUGGGUACCCCAGUGCGAAUAAACCUGUGCACACAACCAUAGAACUGAGCACUCACCGGAGGCGUUGCACAGGGCUCCGGCCUGCCUUCGAAGGUGAGACCUCUGGGGCUGACAGGACCACGACAGCGCCGGCGCUUAGUUAGUAGUAGAUAAGUUCUUGCCUGACUUUUCUUUUUUCGGUUUUUGUUUUUUCUAGUUAGAUAUGCUCCACCAACUUUAAUAAGGUCUACUGGGUCGUGGACAAUAUAUAUCAGGAGUUUAACUGGAGGACCUUGAAAUAGAUACUACUUGAUGUGCUUGAACAUGGAGACGUCAUCCCUCUAACCUGAAUCUUCAGAAGGACCUUCUGGCUCUACUACGGGAUACGAAAUGCACUUUAUGGCUAUUUCUACUAGAACAACUUUAGUGACAAGGCAGGCCACGUCCCUGCUCUUCGCUUUGCUAGUAUGUUCAAGCCACGCGGCAAUCCACCUUACCUCUAAUGAAAACAACAAAUUCAACACUUCGCCGCCGCGAAACUCGUCAAAUUACAACCAUGCAACACCACCGACCAUCUUACAAGUACUUCUUUUUACUUGGAACAAUAAUUGAUGUUCAUCCACCUCGAAGAAAGAAGAUUGGCCUUGUUCCUUUCCCUGCAAGAUGAAAACCAAAGCUUCUCCUACCUUUUCCUUAUCCGAUACCGAUUAAAACAAUCUCUCAACAUCUUCAGGAGGCUCCGCAUCUUCGUGGUCUGUCCGGAUCCUCAGUGACAGAGAGAGAAAGCUCUUCGUCGAUGAGCGUCCCCCAUACGAAUAAGAAGAACCGGAACAAGGGUAGAGGAUACAACAGUUACAACGAUCGCGGAGGAACACCACCCGAUGGAGGAGACACGGGUUCUCAGUCACUGAACGGCAAUCAGAAAUAUGGAUAUGGCCUACAUUCUUAGAAUGGCCUAAAUGUCAUUCUAUAUAUUCUUGUGGUUGGCCUAAAGGAGGUAGAGUUGUGGUUGAUGGCCUAAAGGUAGAGGUACAACUACUUCUACAUUGUGGUUGAUCAUUUUGUUGUUCGUCUCACUCUCUCUCUUCUAGUGCCUGUGAUUCUACUGCUUCGUCUACUGACUUGUAGUGGGUGUGGGACUGCUUCUACAAGUACAACCACUGAGGUUCUUAUCAAUAUCAUUCAAUUCUUUGUUUAUUCUGAAUGUUGUACUUAGAUGCAUACUGCUUUACUUCCCCCUUAGUCAUCUAUCUUCUGCGUCCAUGAGCAUAUCUGUGUCUUCUAAUCUACAAACCAACAGCAGCGGAAAAGCCAGUUGAUGAGCGGGAGCACCUUUGCUACGUCCACGAAUAGCACAACUAGCACCAGCUCCUCACGAUUCGCUUCGCAGGAACACUGGGGCCGCAGUGACUAUCAAUGUAUGGCGAGGUGGUAGAGAACUCUACUCGUCGGGGUCUGAUCUCAUUUCUCUUUUUUAAUUUUUUUCCACCAGUUGAUGCUGUCCUCGACGUGGUGGUCGUCGUGUUUACUACUUACUCGUACUAAACUAUGAUGUUCUACUUGUACUUGUUAAUCAACUGCUCCUCUCCAGCUGGUCUUUUAUACCCCUGGAGUGGGUACAUUCGUUCACUCAUUCAUCCUCUAACAAAACAGUGAGACACUCGAACCAAAAAAGCGGAUCCGGCCACCAACGUGGGAGUUCGCAUUUAGGCGGAAACGAUAGCUUCAAUCGACAAUAUAGCGGCAACAGCGGAGGUACAGCAGGAGGUUAUAGCAACAACUACAACAAUUACAAUUACAUUAUGGCAGCUACAUCUACAAGCAAACCAUCUUCUUCACGUUGACAGGCAUCGUGUUGGACCCUGUUGUAAAGAGAAAACUAUAAAAGGUGGGACGAUGAACAAGAUGAAUGCGAACCUGAAGAUGGAUUUCUGGUAGUUCUAACAAUAGCAAUACUAGCGGAGGGGGAGGUAGUGCAUCAACUAACAAUAGGGGGAGCGGGACCAACAAUGUAUGAUGCCACUCAUUGAGAACCCAAGUUGAUGUUAUAGUUAUAGGGCGGAAAAAAUGUCGUUCCUAAGUCUGAAGCCAAAGGGAGAACGACACUCCCCUAUGGACAUUCUCAAUGAGUGGAAGUUUUCAAACAGUGGCAGUUGGUACAACAACGGCGCCUCAGCCUCAGGAGCAUCUUCCAGCGGGAAGGGUAGUUGGUACAACAAAGGAGGUGGAGGAAAACAAGAUCAAAAUGGUCAGCACUAUGCCGCCACUGGUAGCAGAGGUGGACUUCCUACAGGAUCAUCGAGUGCGUCUAGUAAUAGUCGUGGUUCUAUAAGUGUCGUGACCAGCAGUAGCCCAGCAAAUGGACACUUAACUGUCACACCUGGAGGCUCCACCGGCUCUAUGGGCGGCGCGAACAACUAUGGUAACAAUGAAAAUGGAGGAGAUCACAGGCGCCACCAGGAGGUGCUAUUGCAACAACAUCUGAGCCAACAGCAGCAAACCCCUACUGGGUCAGCAGGAGGUCCUCAGUCAAUGAUGAACUUGAACUCUCCAGCUGCUAGUUUGUUGUCGGCGGGAGGAGUAGGAGGUCCACCAGGAGGAGCAAUGAUGAAUGGUGCAGGACUCGGAGGUACUAUAGUACAACCUCCUGGAGGAGCAGCAGGCGCUCCAGUGAAUCUCGUAGAUGGCUUACGUCAGCUAGGAGCAGCUUGUCCUCCUGGAGCACCAGGUACGCCAGCUUCAGGUGCUUUGCCGAGCAACAUGUUGAACGCUAAUGGAGGCCAAGCUGGUGUCGUGAAUUCGAGUUCCCUCAUGAACAUGAUGUUGCAAGGAACACCUACUGCAAAUGGAGGCCCAGGCGGGCUGCCACAACAACUACAAAAUCUUCCAGGAGCAGGGGGCACUGGAGGUGGUGGUCUCCUACCAGGACAAGGACAACAGCCGUCAUUGAAUCUGAAUAGUCUAACGCAAUUGCUGAACUAUGGUUUUCCACCACCAAUAAAUUGUCAACAAAGUCAUGGAGGAAUGUUCAACGGAGCAGGAGGGCAGCAACAGUUACCAGCAGGACGAGGCGGAGCAGCAGGCAUACUAGUACCACCAGGAGGCAUACAACCACAACCAGUACCAGGAGGAGCAGGAGGCCCCGGUAGUAUGUUCCCUGGAGGAGGAGCCGGAGCGGCACUUGGCAUCGGGAACGGGAUGGUGAAUAAUUCUUCAGGAGCCUCAUCCUCUGGUACAACUAAUAUCCCUGGUGGAGGUGGUUCUUCUGGUGCAGCUUUUCCUAAGAUGGGACCUGGGUUGAACGGCAUUGGAGGAGUCCAACCUGGAGGAAUUCCAGGAGGUCUAAGUCCUGAACUCGCUGCCUUGCUCUCACAAGCGCAAGCACAGCAACUGGUGCAACAAAACGGGAACAACAUGAUGAGCAACCUGAUGAAUGCGAAUGGUAUGAAUCAGAUGAACAACAACGGAGGUACUAUCCUGAACAACAUGCAAUUGCAACAGAACAGCCUCGGUUUGGGUGGCAAUUUUAAGGCCUGAAUUGAUCCAUCUUUUGGCUCAUCUGUGUCCAGCUAGCUCAUCUGUAAGUAGAAGAAGGGAGACAGUAGAUGCGAGAACAAAAGAAGGAUUCGGAUUGUAGUGAGCUCUAAUGAUUUGUUGAAUCUUCCGGGUGCAUUUGGGGGUGGAGGUACUGGAGGACCCAGCAUAAAUAAUCUGAGCGCAAAUCUAGCCACCCUGUUGAACGGUGCAGCCGCAGCUCAAGCUCAACAAGCUGCAAGCACAGCAGGAGCGGCUUUUUUAUCGGCACAGGAGAGGACUCUUCUUGGAGCCCAAUUGAGUGCUGAUGCGCAGGAGUUUUUACCUUCCCCAGCUCCACGUCCGUCGGGAUCACCGAUAGAUAACGAUGUAAUAGUUAUUAAGUCUACUCUAUUACUAUGUAUUACUGUUUUUAGUUGUAGUUGUUCUAGUUGUACAACUGGUUCUGGUAAUAAAGCUUUGGAACACGAACACGAGCAACAAGAAUAUGCCUAUCGUCGUGCACCAAGAUGAUCAAAAACAUUUUCAACAUCAACCUUCAUAAUGACAUUUUCAGGAUUAAAAAUAUCAAAACAAUUUCAUCGUCGAAGUAAUCUAGAACUUGAUAUAAGCAAAAGCAGGCACUGGGCCUUAGACUACUUCUGGAACGACUUGACAAUGAAAAACCUUCAUAAUGACAUUUUCAGGAUUAAUAUCAAAAUAAUUUCAUCGUCGACCUACUUCUACAGAACGCUGCUAUUGGUCCCCAGCCUGGGCAGCCUAUAUUUGCGGGAUUAACGGCAGCAAAAAGUCGUCGGACCCUCGCCGACGUCGUUAACAAUUUCCGCUCGUCAUGUGGGAAUGUAUUAUUUUCGUGCUAAUAAAAUAGUGGGGAAGUACUAAUAAAAUAGAACUACUUGUGACCACAACUGCGGUUCUUUCUACUUUGCCUAGUAGUGAGGCCGAUUUUAGUAUUAAAAUGUAAUAUAUCCAGUUCUGAAAAUUGCGAUCCUUCUCUCUUCUUGGUCAUUUUCACUCUUUCAUCUAGUCCGUGUGGUACUGGUUCUCUCAUCCAUGUGUGGUACUGGUUCGCUCAUCUAGUCCGUGUGGUACCAGGUAUUCAUUCAUUCAUUCAUUUACCUACUUGUGCUUCUUAAGAAAAUCUUGAACAAAAACAGGAAAGCGAACUGGGUGCACCACUUGCCUGGAGCGGUGAAGAUCCUGGAAUGUCCUGUAGGCAGAUUCUUGGCGAAGCUACAGAAGAAUCGCUGGCAGCGACGGCUCAACUUGUGGUAUUUCUAUCUUCAACAAGUCCGCACUAGUACUCUGAAUAAAUUCUGAAUCAUCGUACUCUGAAUAAAUUCUAUGAAAAGACACCUCUCGGUCACUUUUGUUUUCAAUUCCUUAGUCUAUCAAGAUUCUAGACAGCUGCAAAACACUACUACAACCGUCCAUCAUGAUGAUGCCAAGAAGUUGAAGAAUAUCGUCUAAAAAUUAUCUUCAAGUCCGAAGAUCAGAUCAUAAAGGAUGAUCAGAUCAUGAGCAGAUCAUGAGGAUAUGAUAGAAGAAAGGUUCGCUGUAAGUACUUAAGUAUGUAAAAAUCAACCCCUUUCAACGCCUUGCUGACCUCCAUCUCCCAUACAACAGAAAACGCUGAACCACCUGCCACCAAAUGCGGCUGUUCUGCCUGGUGGUGGUGUAGCGCCUCAAAAUCCGACCUACAACAUUUCGAUGCAGCUCCUGAAUACACUUCUCAACAAUGGAGCACAACAACGUGGAGAUGUACUAUUAGUGUUGAUGAUCAUUUUUUGUAACUAAAACUAAGUACUAGAAGUGUGGACCGAGACGUUGACGUUGUACUCUGCUAUUCAUCUUUCCUGCGUCGACUAUAUAUUUUUUCGUUCUUGUUUCCGUAGUUUCCACCUCCUCUAGAAGUAGUUGUACUGCUUCUGCUGUGGUCUAGUAUACUUAAUCAUGACGAGUUUUUUAUUCCACUACGUGAAGAAACCUUCCACUACGUGAAACCCUUAUAUUCGUCCCUGACUCCAGUAAUUUCCAGUAAUUCUCAAUCUUCCUCCUCCCUACAACAACCCUUCUUCAAUCUCUUCUUCAGGGCACAGCUGCGAGUGUGAGUGAUGGUGCAGGCGGCGCUCCUGGUGGUCCGGGUGCGUCUAGUACCAGUUCCCUCUUGGGCAGUGGUUUAGCCCCCAGUAGCGGUACUCCACCACUCCUUCCGAUGAACAACCUCAAUUUGAUCAUGAACAGUAUGAGUUUGAGUGCCAAUCCAUUGGGAGAUCCUCUACAGCAACAAUUGAAUUUAUGAAACCUUCUAAAUUGUUCAAUCUUCUACAGCAAUCGGAAUUGUUCUUUACAGGUUAGACACUAAAAAGUAUACUUCUAAGUUGAAUCUUGUUUGAAUGGUUCCGGUAUUUGGUAACCUGAAUUUGAUCAUAAGGGAAAACAAGAAGAGAACCCUUAGGAUCAAACUCAGGUUACCAAAUACCAGAGCCAUACGCUGUUUGUUUAGGGUUAGACAAUCAUACCGUAGGCUUAAUAGUUCUACAGCAAUUGAAGUUAUCAACAAAAAUCGGUAGAUCCUCUACAGCAGCAAUUGAAUCUUCUGCUUCUUAAACCCUUAUGAACUAUCACUGAUGAAUCCUCCACUUCUACCUGAUGAAUCAUAGUACACCCUGCGGCCUUCACUACAUUGUUUUCACGCUGUACCUGUACUAGUGCGAGUUAUUUAUUGUAGCUGCAUAAGUCAUCUUACUCGGUGGUCUCGGACUAUUCUUCUUGUAGCAUUCGCGCAUUGAUGUAGCAAGACUCAUGACGACCCUAUGCAAAAGUAAUUAGAUAGUCUUCAAUACCCCACGAAUGGGUACACUACUACUACUACCACCACCUAUCCAUCCCUCCACGGGCUUCUAAUAUCAGCCCAAAACUUGGCCAUACAACAGUUGCUAUCCAAUCUUGGGAACAAUAACCUUGGGAACAUGAACAACAUGAACAACAACCUUGGAGCAGGACUCGGAAACAGCAACCUGGGGAACAACAACCUUCUUGGAACUCCCAACAUGAAUCCCGGAGGAGGAGGAGAUGUAGGCGGAGCUGCUUUCUUAGGAAUGAACCAGGCACAGUCUACUAUUAACGUUCAACAAAGUACAAGUGGUCCGACAUCGAACAGUCUCCAAAUACCAGGAGCGCAAAUCUUAUGGCCUUAACAAAGAUGAAGUUGAUGAUAUAUUUGCCAUUUUAUUUACUCACGACUAGUAUGAUCAAUAAUCGUUGUAGUUCUUGCAAGAAGUCUUUUAACCAGUUUGAGUUCUUUCAUGAUCAACAGUUUGUUCGUUCUACUCAGAGGACUAAACAACAUCCCAUUAGAGCUACACGACCCUCCAUUAUUAACGAUAAUUGUAAUCUUCUUCGUGCUCUUCCCUCUAUCUCUCUAGCUCUAACAUCUGUUCCCGAACAACAGCAAGACACUAGUACCCUUCCGCCAAAUAUGCAGGUUCAACAGCUCCUCCAGCAGCUACAAGCUGCGCAAACUGGAGCCACGAUGCAACCGAAUUUUCCACCCAGACAACAAAGCUCGGUAUUAUAAUUUGUUCUUGCUUUCUUGCUAUUAGUAAAAUAAAUCAAUCAUGGAUAAACUACUACAACUAGAACUACUAUUUCUUUACUCUACUACUACUUGUAGUUCUUGUUGAGGCAACUACAAGAAUAAAGUGAUCCUUCUUCUCGUCGCCUCCCUCCCCUUUGCCCUCCCCUCCUUCUCUCUCCUCCCCUUACCUGCCCUUUCCUUCUUUUCCCCUCACCUUCCCUCCCUCUCUCCUUCUAGAAAUAGCCCCCAGCGACGCGCGCAGCGCGACGCCCGUAGUGCUUUUUAUAUAUAGAUCCAUUUCCAUGCUGGAUAAUAAACUCGAACUGGUAUUUGUAUUUACUGCUCUACUUGUUCUUGUUGAGGCAACUACAAGAAUCAAGUGAUCGUGAUCAUUAAGGUUGUGUGCUUUUGCACACACAACUACUUAUUCUGCACGUCAACCACGACAGGUGACGAGCACUGGAUCUACUAGCAAUGUUGUCGCUUCAACCCCGGCGUCUCGAGGUGAGGAUCAACGCAAUGAUGACACAGCAAAGCUAGUCGCUGGAUGACAUCAAUUUCAUCAAUUUGUAUUUGUAUUUCUUGACAGUUGUAUGCGUUGUUCUUGUAUCAGUAUCAUGAUGAUGACGAGAAUAAUUUUGGACUUUGACAGUAUGUAGUUUAGCAGGUCUAGAUUUCCACUUCUUUUUGACAUCGAAGAUGACACCUCCGAAGUAAAAGCUACUUGAUAGAAGUAGAACGAAAAGAAAAACGCCACGAUAAGAUUUUUUGUCAUAUAAUCUAGCAUGAUUGAAGAUGGCUCUUCUACUCCAACCAUUUUUACAACCCAAAAUGUUCGAGGACAACUUCUACUUGGAGACACUGACACAUGUAAUUAGAAGAAAUUGUAGUUUCUCGCUAAGCUCAAUGAUCAUGAUCAUAAUUAUCCUUCUAGUUCUACUAUCCGGAAAGAUGCCGACGACUUCUCUAUCCAUAGGGGAACCUGGACAACAAGUAGGCGGAGUUGUAGAAGGAGAAUUCAUAAAAUUUUCCACAAAAAUAACAAGCAUCAGCAUUUUUUUUUUUGGUUACUGCUUUUGCUCUACUUAGACUCAGUGUCGGCCAAACAACAUGAUCAAGAAACUAUACACCACUUCCACUUUGUAAACUUUUUACUUAACUACCUGGUUGUACUUGUAGUUCGUUAUUGUUAUCUAAACUCAGGGUACAACUAGUGAAAUAAAACAAAAUACAAUCUAGUCCAUUCAAAGUCAUCAUAACUAUUACAACUUGAUUAUCAUCUGGUCCAGAGAGAAAAUCGAAUUUUUGAAAUUGAAUGCCAAUAAAUUCUCUUCCUCGACGCUCACCGUUAUAACUACAUGCUAAAGAUGAACGCAAAUUAUUACCAAUCAGAGUCAGAGCACGACGGUUGACGAUGAGCAGAGAUGUGGUUAAUGCUAUUUAAAAUUUGGAGACAUGACGACUCAUCUUGUCUGGAUGAAUGAAUGAAUGAUGACUCAUCCUCGUUGGAAUGAAAGAGAAAGACUUUCGACUAGUAUAAAAAUGUUGGAAGAUGAUACCAAAUAAAGCAACCGCUUAGGUAUCUAGAUGCCAGUAGAUCGCACACUCUCUCUCUCACUCAAGAAGUACGAGACCACCAGAGCAGGCCCAUGCUGUUGGCGUCGUGGUUUUCUAGUCCUUCUACUUGGUUGCAUCAUGAUCAUGGUUAAAGUGUUGACGUAGAUAGAGACAUUUAUACUCCAAGACAAAUUUAUUGAUUUUUGUUCUUUUCAUUGUUAGAUCGUACUCCUUGUAGUUGAUGUCUCCAUCAUGGCAGCUACUGACGAGGGGAUAACGAGAGAGCAGCAGCUGAGGCUAGGAGAGUAGAAGUCUUAUUUUGAUGAGGAGCUACUAGUACUAGACUACUUUCUUAGAACCUUGGUAGUUGUUACGUACUUGCUGAAGAUGACAACUGAGUUGAGUCAUGAGCGAUGGAGGUAGCUGCAGCAGGGACCACAGCAUGCAUCCUCCUUGUUUCAUUACUUGCUGCAACUCAUUGAAGAUGUUACACCCCGUGUAGUUGAGUGGGUACAUCAAUCAAUCAAUCAAUCAAUCAACCUUGAAGAGGUUUAGUUGCCCGGUUUGCAGUUGAGAGCAAUGGGCUUGAUAAUGGCCUAAUUUGCUACCAACAGGGGCCGCAGCCAAGAAUGUCGACAGGAGCACGACGGCGACUUUAGCGGAAUGAAAAUGAAGUAGUCUCUUCUGCUUCUGGGUCAGUUUCAGUGGUACUACAACGAUGCAUAUUAUGGGAAUCUUCUUCAGAAUACUUGUAGUAGUCGUAGAAGUGGGUACUUGUAGUGAGCACUUGUAGUGGAUUCUAGUACAGUGUCUAAUUGUAUGGUUCUGGUAUUUGGUAACCUGAAUUUGAUCCUAAGGGUUCUCUUCUUGUUUUCCCUUAGGAUCAAACUCAGGUUACCAAAUACCAGCACCAUUCACUAAUCUUCUUCAGAAGUAGUGAGUACUUGUACUAGUAGAUCUUCACGACCAAUGAUUUGUUGAGCACGACUACUACUUCUAGAUACAGCUCUUUUUAUCCGUGAUGCCAGCUCUAAUCGUAGAAGAUGGGAUCACUAUAUUAUAAUGUGGUCUCUGCAUUUGUAUUAAGAAGCCGUCAACAACUGGCAUGGGCGAGACUUGGUCAACUACCGUCAGCCGUUAAACAAUGGGCGAGGUGGCUUGGUCACUGACAUCUUGACAGGAGGCCCGGCGGUGUUGACAUCAGAAGCUGAUUUUAGCGUCGCCACUAUAAUCCGCUGGCCUCUGUCUUUGGCUCUUACUUGUGUGGCUCUUCCUGUCUUUCGCUCCCUUUUAAUCUAUCUUGAGCGAGUCUCUACUUGUUUGGCUCUUAAUAUUACUAUUAUAUUAAUGCUGUGAGUUCUAGGCUCCGUGUGUUUUCUAUCCGUUGUUAAAAGAAUUUCAUUUCCUUUGGUCUUCCUCGGUCUAUCUCACUAUUAUAUUAAUGCUGAUAUUUAUAAUUACGAUGAUGGAUCUCCGACAAAGUAGAAGAGGUCGUCUCUUUCAUUACAAGUAGAGGAGGUAGAUGCGUGUUGCAAUCACAUUCGUGCGAAAAAAUUCUUGCUAGCCUAGCGGCCUUGAGCACUAGCCUAAACCUCCCUCAAAAAUGGGGGAAGCCGAUCGAUAUGCGGCCGAAUUACUCCUGUGACAGGUUUUCACACCAUGAAGAAAGCUUUGGAGUAGUUUUAAAAAAACUAGCUUUUGGAUCCAGAUCCAUCACGACGACCAGAGUACUCUACUCUAGUGUUCUGGAUCCACAAGCACCAUUGAUGAGAUUUGUAUUGGCGAGCGACCUGCUAAUAUUGAACUAUUGAGAACUUAAAACUUUACAGACCUGAAAUAUAAUGAAAAUGGACAAGCCCCCACGAGUCCGAGGCAACCAUUAACUAAUUAUUGAUCUCGAUCUACUUGUUUUCAUGAGAAGGUGCUACCGCGAUCAUGUUGAUUGAGCAAGUUCUUGUGGUCGUGAUGAAGCGAAGAGAAAUUUGAAUUUUUUUAUAGAAUAGUUUUAAAAGGCCAAGGUGGCGGACCACGAUUAUAGUCCCACCACCAACAACUACAAGUAUGACAAGAAUGAAUUGUACUUGUUGGAGGGUCGACAUUCCCUAGACCACCCAUUUUCGUCCUAUGAGAACAUAUCUCCAUGAAGUAGAAU